CCAGCGCUGAUGGGAAGAGCAGGUUGCCGUUCCUUUUAUCUUAUUUCCUGAUUAGAAGGCGAUCUGGGAUGUACUAUCAAUUGGAAACUGUUCUGUCCGUCAUUUGUAGCGACACAGUGUGGUGCACGACGCGUUAGAAGCAAAGGGGUGGCACUAGCAGGCGCAGCAAGAGCGGCGUCUAGGGGUCUCCGGGCCUCCCCUCGGCCACGUCGCGCCCAUUGAUCGCGGCCGCAGUAGUGUCCCCUCGGCGGCGGCGAGCGGCGACGUGACAGUGCAGUGAGGCAGUGAUGGCAGUGUGUUGUGCUCGGCAGUGAUGAUUAUGGUGGGAUGUCGCGCGACGUGUAUGGCGGAGGCGGUGGGGGAGGAGGGGUGCCGAGUACCAGGUCACCCCGACCUUCGCGCCGCGACCUGAAUAGCGACCCUUAUUACCUCGAUCAGGGCGGCCACCACCGCGCCCACAGCCCUCAACCCUCAGCCGCUUCAGCAGCCGCGCGCCGUAGCCGUUCAGCUACCCGCGCCGCGUCCCCCACCCUGGCCCUGGACCACGGCGGGCCAUACAUGGACCCCCACGGCACCAUGGAUGCGGACCGCCGCAGCGGGUCAGCUCCGGGGUCCCAUCACCGCAGCCGCAGCCAAAGUCGCAGUAACUUAGGCCGGAACUAUCACUCGCUGGACCGCGAGGCGCACGACCGCGAGUUCAUGCCAAUCCGCGACCCCCGCGACCGCAGCAUGGAGCGAGGGGGCGCCAUGGACAUGCACGGGGUCCAGGGCGGCCACAUGGCCCGCCGAGACCGCUCGCUGGACCGAGGACCGAUGCUGGAGGACGACCUGUACCGCGACCACCACACGAUGGGGCGGUCGCGGGGCAGCCCCAACCCGGAGCUGAGUGGGCGGCACGGGGCGGGCGGCCUCGGGGGCAUGGGGAGGGAUGGAUACCUAGCUGAGCUUCAGGUGCACAAUUCUGACUUACAAAAAGAACUAGGUAACUUGAAAAAGGAACUAGAACUAACUAACCAAAAACUGGGCUCGUCAAUGCACUCCAUUAAAACUUUCUGGUCGCCAGAGCUCAAGAAAGAGCGAGCGCUGAGGAAGGAGGAGAGCGCGAAAUACUCGCUCAUCAACGACCAACUCAAGCUUCUCAACUCAGAGAAUCAGAAACAAGCGAUGUUGGUUUGGCAACUCGAGGAGGAGCUGCGGCAGCACAAGAUUCGGGGCCCCAACUUUGAGAAACAAGCCAUGUUGGUGAGGCAGCUGGAGGAGGAGCUCCGCCACCAGAAGACGCGAGGGCCCAGUUUGGAGGUGCAGUCGCAGAUGGACAACAUUAUGACGGAGAACGACCACCUCAACCGCGAGGUCGCCAUCUUGAGGGAGACCAUCAAGGAACUGGAGCUGAGAAUAGAGACCCAAAAACAGACUUUAUCUGCGAGAGACGAGAGUAUAAAAAAGCUCUUGGAAAUGUUGCAGCAAAAAGGCAUAGGCAAGGAGGAGGAGCGGGCGAUGAUGCAACAGAUGCAGGCAGUAUUUCAGAAACAGAAUCUCCAAGCAUCCCAUUCUGUCUCAAUUCUUCUGACUUCUCAAACAAUACCAGUUGUGCCCUCGCCCUCUUCGGCCACGCUGACGGCGCUGUUGGAGACCAAGGACGCGCGCAUACUGUCCCUGGAGCGCGAGGUGGGGCUCCUGGAGGGGGAGGUGGCUAUGGCCAGGGAGGCAGCGGCAGGGGCGGCGAGCCUGGCCGGAGGGGGCCUCAUCGGGGGCGGCCUCUCAGGCUCUCGCUGGGGCUCCCGCGCCUCCCUCGUAACGCCUCCGCCCACCGAUGACUCGCGCCUCCUCCAGGUGCUGCAGGAACGGGAGCGCAAAGCCAAGACGCAACUCGAAGAGUCGCGGUUGGAGAUCCAGAAGCGGGACCAAGAGAUCCUCGCACUCUCAGCCAAGAUGAAGACCCUCGAGGAACAGCACACAGACUACCAGCGGCACAUCAUGGUCCUGAAGGAAUCUCUCUGUGCCAAGGAAGAACACUACAACAUGCUUCAGGCUGAUGUGGAGGAGUUACGGCAGCGUCUCGAGGAGAAGAACAAGACGAUAGAGAAGAAGACACAGCAGGCUCUCCAGGCCACACAGGAGAGGAACAGACUCACCUCAGAGCUCACAGAACUCCGCGACCACAUGGACAUCAAGGACAGGAAAAUCAAUGUCCUGCAGAGAAAGAUCGAGAACUUGGAGGACCUCCUGCGGGAGAAGGACAACCAGGUGGACAUGGCGCGGGCGCGGCUGACGGCGGUGCAGGCCCACCACUCGACCUCGGAGGGCGCACUCACGUCCCUGGAGGAGGCCAUCGGCGACAAGGAGAAGCAGAUCAACCAGCUCCGCGAGCAGCGGGACCGCGCCGAGCAGGAGAGACACCAGGAGCAGAGCCUUCACGAACGAGACAUUGCCGAGUACAAAAUGAAGCUCCACACCCUCGAGGGCGAGGUCGAGAAGCUGCAGGUCCGCCUCGAGCGCUCCCUGGCGGAGAAGGACAAGCUGGAGGCCAAGCUGGAGUCGAGCCAGUCGGAGCUGGGGAAGGCCAAGGCGGAGCUCGAGAAGAUGCACGGCGAGGUGGGCAAGAGCACGAGCGACUACGAGUCGUACCGACACCGCCUCACCAAGAUCGAGAUGGAGAACGACCGCCUGCGCACCGAGAACGAGCGCCUGCACCACGAGCUCGAGAGGUCCCACCCCACCUACGGCCGCCCCUCGAUGCCCAACUCGUCCACGGAGAUGGAGAGGCUGCAGGAGAAGCUCGACAAGUGUCAGGCCGACCUGCGCAGGGCUCAGGCGGAGCUGCGCAUGAACCAGUCCGACUACGAGCGCUCGCACGUGGAGGUGGAACAGCUCCAGGAGAAGGUGGAGAAGGCCCAGGGCGAGAUCUACAGGCUGAAGGCGAGGCUGGAGAACGCCCAGAGCGAGAAGGACAGCGUGCAGGAGGAGCUCGAGCGUGCCCAGGCCACCGUCGCGCGCCAGCAUAGCGAGAGGGAGCGCUGGGUCAAUGAAGUCGACAAGCUCCGCGAAGAGCUGGAGCGGUCCCAGGCGACAGUCGGGAAGGCCCAGAUCGCGCAGGAGAAGACACAGUCGUCCUUGGACAAGGUUCAGUCCGAGCUCGACCAGCUGCAGGAGCGCUACGAGAGGCAGAGCGCCGAGGUCAGACGGGUACAAGCAGAGCGCGAGAAGCUGGCCUACGACUACGACCAGAUCCAGAGCCAGCUGGACAAGGCGCAUGGCCAGAGCGCAAGGCUGGCCAAGGAGCGCGAGGCCCUGCAGCUGGAGGCCGACCGCCUGCGGGAGAAGCAUGACAAGGUUCAGACGCAGUUGGCGCGCCUGCAGAAAGAGCGGGAGUCGGCCGCUUCCGAGGUGGAGACGCUCACCGAGAAGGUGGACUUGUUGCAGGCGCAGCUUGGCAAGGCUCAGAGGGACCGAGAGAACGCGCUCGGGGACAUGGAACUGCUCAAGGAAAAGUACGAGAAGACGUCGGCUCAGACGCAGAAACUCAUGAUGGAGCGAGAUGACCGAGCCACGGAGGUAGAUAUCCUGAAAGAAAAGCUAGAGAAGGCACAGGCGCAGGUCACCCGAGCCCAGGAUGAGAAGGAGACAGCUAACCGAGAGUUUGAAAGGGCUCUUGAGAAAUGUGACAAAUCCCAAAGCGAGAACUACCGGCUACAAACUAGACUGGAAUCCGCACAAGCAGAACAAGAACGCCUUCAGGUCGAGAUCGAGAAGACGCAAAUCCUCUUCAAUAAGAUUAAAGACGAAAAGGUUAAGCUCCAAGAAGACUACGACCGCAUUCAGGAGGCGUACGAUCGGUCAAGUCUCCAGUGCAUCCGGGCGAAGGAGGCGGAGGAGAAGCUGAAAGAGGAGAUAGAGAGAUUAAACGUGGACAUAACGAUCAUCAAGGAGCGUUAUGAUAAGACGAGUGUUGAGCUCCGACGCGUGGGAAGCGAGAAGGAGAAAUUACAAAAUGACGUCGACCAACUGACGUUCGAAUUAGAAAGAGCCCAAGCCCAGUAUGGCAAGGCUCAGAACAGCCAGGAGAAGAACCAAGAGGAAAUUGCUAGAUUGCAGAUAGAAGUAGAAAAAUAUAAAGACAAAUACGAACGGAACACCAUGGAGCUCUCUAAAGCCAGGAGCGAAAAGGAGAAGCUGCAACAGGAGUGCGAGAACGUCCAGGCAGAGAUGGACCGCGUCUUGGUCAGGAUGGGUAAAUAUCAGGACAACACCGAACGGACCAAAGAAGACUAUGAGAUGCUAAAGAUCGAGAUAGAGAGAGUGAAGGACAAGCUAGAGAAAACGCAGAUGGACUUGGAGCGAGAAGCUAAGCUGCGAGAGAAGUACGAGACGGAGGUGACUAAGCUGAAGACUGACAUGGACAAAGCAGACCAACAAAGAGGUAAAUAUCAGCUUGACUCAGAGAAGAACAAGCAGGACGUAGAGAAGUUCACAAGUGAGAACGAACGGUUACGGGAACGUUAUGACGUGAGCCAGGUUGAACUGCAGAAAGCGAAGCUCCUGAAUGAGAAAUUGUCAGAAGAACUGGAUGGUAUGAAAUCAGAGCUCGACAGAACACAAUCCAGAGUAGGGAAGUACACGAGCAGCCAGGAGAAAUACGAAGGAGAGCUUGAACGAGCGAACAUCGAAGUGGAGAAGAUGAAAGACAAAUACGAAAGAGCCCAGAUCGAAUGUACAAAAUCACAACAGAAGGUGGAGAAACUGGAGAGUGAGAACGAGAGGCUCAAGAGUGACCUUCAGAUGAGCCAGAACCAACUCGAGCGUUUCCUCACGGCCCAAGACAGGAACAAGACCGAGGUUGAAAAGACCUCCAUAGAGAUAGAGAAAUUAAAAGACAAACUAGACCGUGCUCAGGCUGACUUCACUCGUGCUCAGGCUGGACGGGAAAAGGCUGAGCUGGAAGUCCAACGACUGACGCACGAGAUGGAGAGAUCGCAACAGCACAUGUCGAAAUACCAAGAGAGCAAUGAAUCAGCCAAAAUUGAGUUCGAGAGAAUGUCUGUUGAACUCGAGAAGUUACACGAACGAUUAGAAAAGUCUCAGACAGAACUCAGAAGAGCCAAUGACACCAAAGAAAAAUUAGAAAUGGAGAACAAAAAAUUCAAGAGAGAUCUGGACGAAGCAAAGGGCAUGGUGAACAAGGCCUCAGACUAUCAGCAAAGAUCCAACACAGAUCUCGAAAAAUGUAAAGAAGAGAUCAUACGUUUGAACAAGGAACUCGAGAGAGCUAAAGAUGAGCUCAGUAAAGUCGGAACAGAAAAGGAGAGACUGAAUACGACACAAGAGAAACGCGAGAAGAUGAUCAGCAAACUCGAGACGGACCUCAAGCAGCUACAGACUGAAAGAGACCAGCUUGUGAAACAGCUAGAGAAGUCCCAAGACAUGCUCCUGAACUUCCAACAGGAGUUGAAGCAGUCAGAAUCAGACUUACAGAAAUUCAAGGACGAGAACAAGCGAAUAAAAUCAGAGCUGAGCAACACCACGAAAGAGAUGGAACAAGGGGCCAAAGAAAUGUUGGAAGGCAGAGAAAAGGAAAUCCAAAGGCUGCAGGGGCAACUUUCAGCCAAAGAAAAGGAGUUCAAUGCCUUGCGAGCCGAGGCGGAAAAGGAGGUGCAGCGACUUCAGCAGGAGGUCCAAAAGGGAGAGGGCGAGAGCGCCAAACUUCAGCAAACUAUCUCCUCAGAGAAACAGAGAGCAGAUCAGGCAGAACGCGCUGUGCAGGAAAUGCAGAAGCAAAUGCAGACCAUGGCUCAAGACAACCAAAAAAUAAAUCAGCAAGUGCAACAGCUGAAUCAACAAAAUCAGGACCUUAACAAACAAAUUUCAGACACAAACAAACAAAAUCAACACUUACAGCAACAAAAUCAAACGCUACAAAAACAAGCACAACAAACACAACAACAGCUACAGGAACAGACCCAAAAAAUACAACAGCUACUCCAACAGACACACGAACAGCAGCAGAUCAUACAAAACCAAAGCAACAACCCGAAAGACAGCCAGGAGAUUCAGAGGUUGAAGGCAGAAUUGAACAAAGCCAAUACAGAGUUGAAGAAUUCAGCUGUUGAAAAGCAAAGGCUUCAGAGUCAGCUCGAGUUGCUGGUGACAGAGCUGGAGAGAAAGCAGCUCGACUUGCACGAAGCCAACCAGAAGCUUCAAAACGGUGGACGGCCCAGCGAAGAUUCUCAGAUGAUUAAACGGCAACUGGACGACCAGAUGAAGGCGGUGGAACAAAAGGUACGAACACUGGAACAAAGGAACAAACAGUUAGACGAAAAAGAAAAGACACUCUUAGACCUUGAUGCGCGACUGAAUAAGAAGAAGGAACAAAUAGAUAAUAUGGAACAACAACUUGCAAAGGCCCAUGCAGCGGAUGGCGCUCCACCAUCUGAGGCCAACAAGCAACUUGCAGAGAUGAGAAAGGCACUUGGUGAGAAGGAAAAAGAAAUAGACGCACUUAGUAAGGCACGAGCAAAGGCUGAAUCAGAUGUUCGUGCAGCACAGUCUGAGGCCGAAAGACUACUCCAGGUGAUGCAGAUGGGCCAGGAAGAACAGUUUGCCAAGGACAAGACGAUCAUGGAGCUACAAGAUGCCCUGAAAGCAGCCGGUGGCAGCCCUCAUCCCGUAGCUGUUGGAGGAGGAGGUCCUGUGCCUGGUCCAGGCGGACCCCCUAAGAAGCCAGCUGCAACACCAACCACUCAGGGCACUCCAGUCAAAAUGGAUGGCAUACCAGCAGCAUUAGGCCCUCAGACUGCAGGACAAAUGGCAGCGCAGGCAGCAGAAAAGGCAACUGCAGCAACGGAAGCUGCAAAGGCUACUUUAGAACAAGCAAAGAAUGUUGCUCAGCCUUGUGAAGAUUCAUCAAGGUCAGAUCAACAGGAGAUAGACCUGCUUGAGAUGGAGGGCCGGCAGAGGGAAUACAGACUCCAGCUGGAUCAGAUGGACGUGGAUAUCAAGCUCAAAGAUUCUCUCAUCAAUAACCUGAGUGAUGAGAACAAGAGGCAGAGAGAAAGGAUCCAAGAGAUGGAGGAAGAGAUCCAUUCCCUGGAAGAGGAACUGAAGAAGAAUGAAAAGAUCGAGGAACUGGAGCAGCUCGUUGUGGUGGUGAAGCAGAAGAACGAGAGGAUUGAGGAACUGGAGGAGGCGCUGAGGCAGAGUGUGAGGAUUGCUACCGAUAUGGAGAUGGAGAAACGAGAUGAAGAAGACAGAAGAAAAGAGAUUACAGAAAAGUUAAGUAAGCUUGAGGUCCGAUUGGCAAGUGCCCAGAAUGCUCAAAAUCUCCGGUGUACUUCGUGCCGUCCACUGAGGCAACGGUUAUCGCAGUUGGAGGCCAGACAUAAUAACCUAGUCAGUGAACGUCGACACCACCUACAGGAAUUGUUUGAUAUGAAGCAUGAAGCUUUAACGUCUGCUCUCAGUGAGAAAGAUGCUCAUCUUGCACUCUUGGAAGUGGGAGGAGUACGAUGCUCCAGGACAGCCCAGGAGAUCGAUAGCCUCAAAAAGGAGCGCAGCAAAUUACUUGAGGCCAUUAAACAUCAAGGCGAGGACCGGGUGCGUCUCAGUCAGGAAUACGCCGCCACAGACAUCAAGUUGGACGCCACGCCCCCCGACACCCCGCCCCCCUUGCAGGAGAGCACGGAAGAGGCGCCCUCGGACGGCUCAGCGGCGCGAACGCACCUCUAAAAUGAAAGGACACUGAAAUCUUCAAUCAAAUUAGCUGCUACCAUAACGUCUGCAUCAGGUUGUGCAACAUCUGCGAAUGGAUGUGAAAUAACUAGGAAGUCCUCGUAAAUCUUGGGGAUUCUUUGCUAUCUCUGUAUUACAUUUUUAAGCAAUAUUCUUCUCAUUAUUAAUGCACAUGGUUAUUUGGUUUAGGCAGAAGCAGGUUGUAUGAACAAGGUUGUAGAGAGAGAAAGAGAGAAAGAAAAAAAAUGGUUGUUAACUAAGCAUAAAACCACGUUCUCUGUCAUUACUCAUAAUGUAUAUAUAGAGUCAUUUAUGAAACUUUAAAGAUGAGUAUCUGUAGAAAAGAAAUUAUAAUUUAUAUUUGCCAACAUGUCAUAGGAGAAAAAAAAAUGGAUAAACAGAAGUCUCAUCAGAAUAUACUUAGAUCAGUAGGUAAUCCUGCUCCUCGUGUUCAGUAUUAGGCCAGUCACCAAGCAGGUCUGUAAACUGAUAAUAGUUUUUACUUAUUGUGUCCAUUGUGAGUGGCAGGACUUCCAGUAAUACCAUAGUGUAGCAUAUAUAUUAUAGAAAACAGACUAUUUUGCUACCUGGCUGUGUUAUGAUGUAUAUUGAAAUGACGAGGUUCUGGUUUUUAUGAGUUUACGUAUGUCUCUGUACAUGAGUUUUAAGACGUCACAUUUUGUGCUGAAAUGAGGGACGUUUUUUUCCACUUCUCCAAUAACUGUGGAAUCUCCAGACAGUGACAAGCAGAUGGCAUUGUUGUGAUGAACUGCAUACUGUGAACAAAGAUGACAAAGGAGGAAUGUGUUGGUUGUGGGAUUAGGUUUUAUGAAAGGAAUGACAUUUACUCAGUAUGACUUAACAGCAUGAGGGAAGUUUGUUGAACUGUUGCUGCACCUACAGUGAUUACUAAUAUGUUUGUAAUGAUCUUUUUUUAAAAUUUCCUCUGCUGUUUCAAAAAAAAGGGAAGGGAAGAAUUAACACUUCUGACCUCAAUAAAUAUUUGCAUUUUAUAUUAUAAGAAAAUUGCCUGACUCUGAAGUUUACUGUAGUGGAAAAGAUGCAGUUUAAGUUUGGGGCAGUCACUGUAGCCAGGCAAUUGUAACUAUUUUUCUCUUUCUUCUCCAAUGAAAAUAGUCCAUUGGGUGGAUUCAAUUCCCCUUUUGAUGACAGAGGCAGUUGUCUCCACGUGCUGGCAAGUAGUUUUCCAUGGUAGCACAUAUCAUUGAUAGACACUGAUCUUGGUAUACUCAAUGAUAUUCCAAGAUCUGGUAGACGAUCCCUCGCCCUAUGUUUUCCCCCAUGUAGUUCAUGUCUUCAGUGGGUGUUCCCUCAGCGGGGAUUUUAGGAGACUCACCUUCACAAGGUUGCUCAUAGUGAAGGCUGUCAGUCUGUGUGCACACAACACAACCAUCUGACAAGGUGGACAUAGGAAGGAAAACUGUGUACAGUCUGUAUUUUCUGUAUGUAAAUGUAUAUAAGAUAAAUCAAUCAGAAUAGGUAGUUAGCGUGUCUGUUAGUCUGUAAAUUUUAGCAUCACUAUUGCCAUCAGUGCCGUUCUGAUGAAGGGGCUGACAUGGGCUGUAACUGACGGAUGCUGUGAGAUGCACCGUACACUAGGUAAAGAUGAAAUACACCAAACACCUUGCAAGUAUGCCAGAAGCCAAUCAGAUACUCCACCUACAGAAGGGAAAUUGUGAAUCAAAGCCCUUAAUGAAGGAGCCCCUGGAGCAGGUCCUUGUGGUCCUCUUGAUUGUGUGAUUUUUUUCCAGUGACGUGACACUAAUAAUUCCUAAGGAGGGUGUAAUCAAAAAGUUUCACUACAUCAGGCUUAAAUCAAUUUGCUAGAAUUUUUGCUAAGUUUUUGUACAAAUAGGUAUCAUCACACUCCAGGGGCCAAGUUGUAGGUCACGCGGGCCUAUUCCUCCUCCCAUAACACAGAACUGCCGAUGGAGUUUCCCUACUCAAAUUUAGACGUUUUUUAAUGCAUGAGAAUUUAUCAUUAAGCCACUGGUGCACAUCUCCUGGGAGGAUGGAUACGCCCUGAUGGAAGAUGAACACCGACAAGGUCAUCUAGUGGUUAUCAUAAUCAGGUUGUCUAGUCAAUAUCAAGUUACAAAAAAAAGCAAAAAACAAAAAAAACAAAAAAAUUUGGUCUUCUUUCCUUGAAUUUUUGUGACUUAUCAACUUUUAUCAGGUUUUCGUCGCGGAUUUCAAAACGGAACAAAAGUGUUUCACGAUAAACGUUGAUAACUCUAGCCUUUUUUGGGGGGAAGACGAGAUUCAUGUCGAUUAUCUGAGGUUACAAUAAAACACUCUUAAAACUUAGAACUUCAUCCUGACAAUGAGCAACUCCGGUGAGUGUGCGAGCGUGAGUGAGGGUGAGCACACUUAACUUUCUAGGAGUGUGAUCUUUCUUUAAUAACUUUAUUAGUGCAGAAAUAUUACAAUAACUUGGGCUUUAUGAUAAAGACGGGAAGGUUUAGCUAUCAUGCCACAUUUUUAAGAUAGUUUCGAUGAUCAUAUUUAGCUGAAAUGGCCAGUCAAUAACAAAACUUCUAGUCCACCCAAAUAACUUUUGUAAACUUCUGAUCCCUCUUUGACAGGAACCCUUUCUCUGUACUGCCAUACCAAAUAAAAGUGAAUGGGUUGCCUGUACACUAAUAAAUUUACAUGAGGAGAUGUACAAUGAUCUGUGUAAAUAUUGUAUGACUCUAUAGAGACUGGAAUAGCGGUAAAGAUGUUCUUUGACUGAACAGUCAUCUUUACUGUGCACUGGUUUUUGGCCGUCUGUGACUGACAGCUAAAGAUAUCUUUUAAUGAUUGACGUAUAUUUCAGAUUAGUUGCAGUGAUUAGGAAAUUGAAUUGAGAAAUAGUUCAAUCACCUGUAUUUGUAUGUCCGAUUCACUAACAUAAUUGUUCACAUUAGAAAUGAGAUCACUUUCUCCCCUCAUUCUCACGCCCUCACACCCGCGUCUUAGACUUUUGGCCUUUCCUCUUUGUGGCUCUGCCAGUGGCAUCAAAAGCCUCUGUUAACUUCUGUAAACUCAGUCUGUGGUAUAAAGGGAGUUCUUUUCUCUAUCAUCUAGAGUGUUCAGAGUUUGUACUCGUCAUUGUCUUCUUCACUGAAGUACAGAGUGCUAGAAUUUAAGGCCGUUCAGUUUUGAGUGUUUGCUAAAACGAAGUCGAGUUUUGAACUCGGACGCCUUAGACCAAAUCUUCGGGAUGGCAACUUGUUUGCAUAUUGAUGUUUUUAAAAUAUCCCUGAAGGAAGUGCUUUUCAUUUCAUAUUAUCCGUUUAUAAGACUAAGGUGCAAAAGCCCUCAUGGUAAAAUCAGCAGAUUUGAAAUUCUUAUGUGCUGUUGUUGGCACUGCUGAGUAAUAAUCAGGAAGAGCUACACUUGAUAUAGCACACUAACACAGUCUAGUUCAGUUUGUUAGUUGGGCCUCGAAAGUCCAGCUGUGUUCACCUUCAUCUUUGUCUCUGAGGGUAUAAGUGCUUCUGUGAAAAUGGGUAUCAUACAUACAUAAUUGUUUACACACAAGCUGACACACUUCCCUGACGUUGUACAUAAUUGUCCUAUCACUUACACAUGUUAGUCCUUCAGAUUAUCACAUAGUUACCUCCAUGUGCAUACACUUCUCUCGACUUGCAUGAGGAUGCUUGUAUGCAUGAUCCUCUAAUAUACAUGCAGACUUCAUCCCCAUGUACACACUUUUCUCCAUGUGCAUACACUUCUAUAAAGUAUACAGUGCUCCAUUACUGCACGCUGCAAUGCUCGACUGAGGUGGGGCAAGACCGUGCUUAAUCUCUCCAAUAUUUCUUCCAGUCUCUCUGGUACAUCUGAUCAAUAUUUGACAUACUACUCCUUCUAACUAGUACCUCUAACUGGUGCUUCUGACUAGCACGUCUGGUACUUUCGAACUGCUGCUUCUAAGCGGUACUUGUAGCCCCUCUUCCUUAAAACUCUCGUGCCAUUCUUUCUCAGUGUCUGGUUGAAGGUGUAGAUUCUCAGUUGUGUAUAUAGUGUGUAUGUACACUGUAUAUACAUACAUAUAUAUACAUGUACUCAUGUAUUUUGGGCACAAAUGUAACAUUUAAUGUAAAGCGAACAUGUAAGGUCAACGAUUUCUGAAGUAUGAUUUGUUUGCGUGCCUGUGAUUUCUUAUGUUAGCAUAUCCCUGAUGUGUUUUUGUGCCACCACACAAGAGACGGAUAACUUGGCACCGUUUACACUCCACUGUGGCGAGGCUACGACUGGGUCCUGGCCAGGGCACUUGCUCCUACUUCUUACCUCUCCUUCCCAAGGAGGUCCUCUACAUUUAUCCUUGACAAGUUUACUUCAUUCUGCUGGUUCUUUUCCCUCUGACGUGGAAACAAAGAUUGUACAUAUAGUGAAACUUUUAAAAUCUUUUUUUAUAUAUAAGCAUGUAUUUCAGUGAUUUGUAGCUGCAUGAAGUAAUAGAAUGAUACAAGUAAUCUUAUUGGAACUCCUGAAAUACAAAUUAAAGUGAAGGAACACAGAAAUUGAUACAGAAAGUGUCGAAAAAAGCCAUGUCACAUCGGAAGCCAAUGGUUUUACAAGCUCGAGGUUUGGCUUGCCGUUGAAAGAUUGAAGAAAAGUCAUGCGCAGAUAAUUCGGCUCGGAGAUUGUGGCCACGCCCGUCGAGAUCAUCCUCAAACCCUUCCUUUCUGCCCUGACCAUGCCUGCCUAGACCCUGUCACCGCCUACCUUGCCAGCAGCAUCACUGGAGUGUUUAGCAUAAUACUGUGUUCUGUGGAAGAUGGUGACUAUCCCUCCUGCGGUUAGGUUGAGCGACUCUUUUGGGUAACGCUCGCUCAACCUCAUAGCAGCUCAGGAUUCACACUUUCUCUUUGCCCAGGACCUAGGACAUUCCCCCCAGGAAGUACUCUAGUGUGUUAGUGUGUCGUGGAUGCUUUAUAUGGUGAUCACUGUGCGGAGCGGUGAUUUGUGAGGAAUACAAGACAGUGGAUGCGUAUAGGUUAUAGUGAACACUGUGUACGAUGAAGUUUAACAGUGGUUUAGUGGACACACGGAUGGUCGGUUUAACGUGGGCAGUAUCUGCACCACGUCAGUCAUCCAACGUACCUAAAUCCAUGCCCUCAAAAAAAUAAAUAAAUAAAAUAUAGGCCUAUUUCUAGAACGCCGCUUGAGGUGGACUUAAAACAGGUUAUAUAUAUGCACUGCAUUUUUCCUCCCCCCUCUGAAAUGGUGAAUCGUCUUGUGGCGCAAUUGGCUGAUCACUUUUCCUUAGUUGAUCUCAAGUGCAGGGUUCAAGUGGCGAUCUGGAAACGAGGUCAAAGUGAGUGAUCCUAAGAGUAGAAAUGUUGAUGUCUAGAAUGCAAUUUGUUGUCUUUUUCUCGGCCUACCAAACUCCCUCUUCUCGACGUCAUGUCCAGCAUGAUGAACAAUAAAGUUGAUCUUGCAAAAA